ACAGUCACACCGGCAGCUGAGGUCAGAUCCUCCACCGGCUCAGUGUUCCUGUCAGGAGAGGCAGGGCUUUCAAUCUUUGAUCACAUUUAAUCGUGUCACAUCUGCUGUGAUCAGUGAUCGAUCAUCCCUGCGCUCUUCUACAGGGCACAGAGGAGUCAGGGGUUACUUCCCUGAAGCGCAGUCUCUAACCUGCACAGGCAUUGUCUGCUGGUGUUAAAGAUGAUUGGGUCUCGACUUCAGACCUGGAGGUAACCCAACAUCGUCUGUACUGUUGCCUCCUUGCACCCCGGAGUGGAGAUGGUCCACUGGACCGCACAGUGGGGGGCAUGUGUCUGGCUCCAGACUCUGCUGGCCUUGGCCUUGGCCAACUGUCCCUCACUGGGCCAGAGUCCGGUCAACUACUCUGUGGUUUACACCAUGCCCUUCUUCCAGGCCCGGGGCCCCAUCCAGAACAUUGUCAACAACUCCCUCUACCAGGAGGUGUAUGUGGCCUCUAAGAAUGUGAUCGAAGCUGUGAACAGAAGCUUGGAGAAGGUGUGGGAGCUCCACACUGGGCCGGCGGGAAGCCCAGAGUGUCAAAUAUGUGAUUUGUGCAAAGUUGACAAAGAUCCCAACUUCCCUGAGGACACAAACAAUCAGAUCUUGUUGUUGGAUACGCUCUUUAUGUAUUUAUAUUCAUGUGGAAGUUCUCAGUAUGGUGUGUGCUAUUUCCACCAACUGAACUCAAGUGGAGAGCCACCGGCUCUCUCUAAGUGUUUGUUCAGAGAGGAUUCCAACUCUGCUGCCUACUGUCCAGACUGUGUGGCCAGUCCUCUGGGAACCAAAGUCACCAUGGUUGAAGAGGGUCAAACCGUCUACUUCUUCGUUGCCACCACUGUAAAUGACAGUGUGACCCAGCGUUAUGGCAGGAAGUCUAUAUCAGUUCGUCGACCCCUGGCUACAGAAGAUGGUUUCUACAGUGACGUACGUAGCCUGACUGUCCUUCCUGGUCUCCGGAGGACGUACCAUAUUGAAUAUGUUUACAGCUUUUUCACCCAGGAGUUUGUCUACUUCCUUUCUGUCCAGAGAGAGAGCCCUGAUCAGGACUCAUCCCCAUUUCAGACUCGUCUAGGCCGUCUACCACGGAAUGAAUGGGAAAUGAAGAGGUAUCGUGAGGUGAUCCUGGAGUGUCGCUUUGAGCCAAAACGCAGAAGAAGGAACUUAGUCAGUGAACCCUACAAGGAUGUUGUUUACAAUGUUGUGCAGGCGGCGCAUUUUGGCAAAGCAGGCAGGGAGCUGGCAGAGGAGUUGGGCGCUGAGGAGGAGGAUGACAUCCUUUAUGGGGUUUUUGCAGUUACUGAUGACAAUGGGGUCACGGAGCAUGACUCGGCCCUGUGUGCCUUCCCAAUGGACAACUUGAACAAAGCAAUCGUGUAUGGGGUGGAUGACUGCUGUACGUCUGGACCAGAGCAGCUUUCCAGAGGACUCUGCCACUUCCAGCCCUGUGAGAGCUGUCCACAUGAGAGCAUGGAGAACAACGCCACAUGCAGAGACCAUCCCACCAUGGUGUCGAAGCCCUACUACAGAGUGGACCUCUUCAACAGGCAGAUGACAAAUGUCCUGCUCACCUCUCUGCUGGUCACUACCAUAGAAAACAAGACUGUGGCCCAUAUUGGCACCUCAACUGGACGCCUGCUACAGCUUGUGCUGACAAGAUCCAGUCCUAUUAUAUUUGCCAAUUAUUCGUUGGAGGAAAACCGGAGAGUCUCGUCCAUUGCUACUGUUUACUCAUCAGAUUAUCUUCUAUUCGUGGUUGGAGACAAGAUGUUUCAGGUGCCCCAGAGAGGGCCGGGCUGUCAACACUUCCUGACUUGCGUCAUGUGUCUGACGGCCCCUAAAUUUAUGGGCUGUGGCUGGUGCUCUGGAGUGUGCUCCUGGGAGAGCGAGUGCCAGAGCCGCUGGAGGAACGAGUCCUGUCCACCUGGAAUCACUGGGUUCUUUCCACGGACUGCUCCUCCCGAUGGUCAAACAGAGCUAACAGUGUGUGGAUGGGAGUUCCAGUCGCCCUUAAGACCCGCCAUCACCUCCAGAACACAUCAGGUUCGACUGGGACAGGCCUCCUGCACUGUGCUUCCACUCAAAAGCAACAACACACAUCUGGUGUGUAAGAUUCGCUCUGGGGCCACUGAGCUGUCCAAACCAGUCAACAUUACAGUGGAAGUGCACGAGGGCAAGGUGGAGGGACGCUACUCUAUUGAUGGGAAAGCAGGAAUGCCAGGGUUCACAUUUGUGAUUCCUAACAUCACAGAAAUCCAGCCCAACUAUGGGCCUCGUGUUGGGGGCACACUCAUCACAGUGACUGGGCCUCACUUGGAUGCUGGAAAGACCAGGAAAGUCACUCUCAAUGACGUGGCCUGUCCAAUAACGAGGGUCACUAAGCCAAAAGGCAACGUGUCGUCCAUCAUUUGUCUGUCCCAGCCCAUCUCAGAGGUGAGGGAUGUCCCCCUGAGUGUUUUCAUCGACAAGUCUCCUGUCCUCACCACAAAGGUGUUUUACUACAAAGAAAACCCAAAGAUUACAGCUGUCCUGCCCGACUGUAGCUUCGACAGGGGGUCAAAGAUCGUCAUUGAAGGGGAGAACCUGGAUUCUGUUUAUCGCACCGUCAUCCGCUUUAAACCCAAUGAGAGCCACCUGAAACCUAUGACAAGGGAGUGCAUUGGCAAGUCCUUGCCCACAAGGAUGGAGUGCGUCACUCCCUUGUUCCCCAGGGAUGAGACGGAGGAGGGAGAGCUUUCUUUUGACAUGGACGGAGCGGUGGGCCUGUGGAACAAAGAGUUCUCCUACCACCCCUAUGGCGAGCCCAUCCCGAUUGAAACAGAAGGAAACGUGCUCAGUUUGUACCCUGGCUUUGAUGAAGUGUCACUACAUCACCAAAAGCUGAACCUGGUGAGCUCCUGUAUGACCAUCAUCAUGACGGUGGCAGGCGUUGAUUGUGACGCCAAAGUCCUGGACAAUGAGAUCACAUGCAGGAUCCCUAAAAACAUCACCAUCCCCAGUGAGGGACUGCCAGUGAAGAUCUCCAUCAACGGGCAGGUCCACAACGUCGGCACAGUGGUGCGAGUGAGUAACCACUACAUGGUGGGGAUUGUUCUGGGGAUCCUGGCGGCUCUGGUGGCUGGAGCUGUACUGGCCUUUGUUGUUAUGAAACACUUGAGGAAGAAGAAGAAAGCCUCCCUGGUGGAGAUGCGUUUGGCCCACAGUGCUAACCGCUCUGGAACAAAUAAUGGAGAGCUGUCACCAGCGGGGGAUUACAGGAGAGCAGUGUCCCAGAGUUCUCCCUCCAGCCUGGUGGGCCCGGUGGUGUUCCCCAGGCUGGGCUACGCUGCAUGCAGCAUCGAUCCCGCUCUCACUCCCCUCAUGCCCUCAGAGAAAAUCUCCAUCUCCAGUUUCAGGCCAGAGCUACUGGAGGAGGUGAAGGAUGUUCUCAUUCCUGCCGACAUGCUGGUUGUGCAGCACCACAGGAUCAUAGGGAAGGGUCAUUUUGGCACUGUCUAUCAUGGCUACUUCACAGACCUCAACAACAGAGAAAUCCACUGUGCAGUCAAGUCCUUGAAUAGAAUAACAGAUGUGGAGGAGGUGGAGCAGUUUCUGAAGGAAGGCAUCAUAAUGAAGGGUUUCCACCACAGCAAUGUGCUGUCUCUGCUGGGCAUCCUCCUGCCACAGGAAGGGCUCCCUCUGGUGGUGCUGCCGUACAUGAAGCACGGGGACCUGCGCCACUUCAUACGCUGCGAGAAGAGGAACCCCACUGUGAAGGACUUGAUUGGCUUCGGGCUGCAGGUUACAAAGGGGAUGGAGUACUUGGCUCAGAAGAAAUUUGUACAUAGAGAUCUCGCCGCACGCAACUGCAUGCUGGACGAGUCGUACACAGUGAAGGUGGCAGACUUUGGUAUGGCCAGAGAUGUUUUUGACAAGGAGUAUUACAGUGUUCAGGACCACAGGAAGGCCAAGCUGCCUGUCAAGUGGAUGGCCAUCGAGAGUUUGCAGACGCAGAAAUUCACCUCCAAGUCAGAUGUGUGGUCUUUUGGUGUGCUGAUGUGGGAGAUGCUGACCAGAGGAGCGAGUCCCUACCCAGAGGUGGACCCCUAUGACAUAACACAUUACUUGCUCAAGGGCAGGAGGCUACCGCAGCCACAGUACUGCCCUGACCCUUUGUAUAGCAUUAUGCUCCAGUGCUGGGACCCCGACCCAGACCUGAGGCCCAGCUUCGCCACGUUAGUGACGGCCGUCUCCACCAUCUUGACGGGCCUGGAGGGAGAACACUACAUCAGUCUGAACGUCACCUACGUCAACCUGGACCAGCCGCGGCCCUACCCAGCCCUCACAGAGUCUGCUGACGAAUGUGACUCCACAGACAUGGAAGACUCCGGCUCAGUCUCUUCCUGAUUGGCUUUGAGUUGGUAUUGGUGCUAAAAGAAAGAGCAGAAAAUAAACUCUGCAAGGUCUCGACAGUGUCUUAUGCACAUUCUGAACGUCUGGUAGAACGCUGCUCUCAGGUGACUUAGCACAAGCUCAGGCAGCCAUAUUGGAGGACAAAUGCUUUGUCAACAAUUAAUUUAAAACAGCAUUUCAGCAUAAAUGUUUUAAAAUAUAUAUAUAUUUUGGGGCUUUUUAUUGUCUUUAAUGGAUAGGAAAGUAGUU